AUGGGCCCCGCCGCUCGCCCCACGCCGAGGUCGCCGCCCCCGCCUCCUCCGCCGCCGCCGUCGCCACUGCUGCUGCUGUUGCCCCUGCUGCCAUUCUGGCUGGGCCUGGCGGGGCCCGGGGCCGCGGCGGACGGCAGCGACGAGCCCACUGCCAGGGCGGGGCGGGGCGGGGCCCGCGCCGUGCGGGUGGACGUGAGGCUGCCGCGGGAGGACGCUCUGUUGCUGGAGGGCGUCAGGAUUGGCCCCGAGGCCGACCCGGCGCUCCCUCUGGGUGGCCGCCUGCUGCUGAUGGAUAUCGUGGAUGCUGAGCAGGAGGUGCCCGUAGAAGCCUGGAUUGCAGUGGCAUACGUGGGCAAGGAGCAGGAGGCCCAGGUUCGCAGGGAGAGUCAGGACAGCGGCCCACAGGCCUAUCCUAAGGCUCUGGUUCCGCAGAUGCGGAGGGCGCUCUUCCUGGGAGCCUCUGCCUUGCUUCUCCUCAUCUUGAACCACAACGUGGUCCGAGAGCUGGACAUAUCCCAACUUCUGCUCAGGCCAGUGAUCGUCCUCCAUUAUUCUUCCAAUGUCACCAAGCUGUUGGAGGCACUGCUGCAGAGGACCCAGGCCAUGGCUGAGAUCACCAGCGGAGAGUCCCUGUCGGCCAACAUCGAGUGGAAGCUGACCCUGUGGACCACCUGUGGCCUCUCCAAGGACAGCUACGGAGGAUGGCAGGACUUGGUGUGCCUGGGAGGCAGUCAGGCCCAGGAGCAGAAGCCCCUGCAACAGCUGUGGAACACCAUCCUGCUGGUGGCCAUGCUCCUGUGCACAGGCCUCGUGGUCCAAGCUCAGCGGCAGGCAUCCCGGCAGAGCCAGCGGGAGCCCCGAGGCCAGGUGGACCUGCUCAAGCGCCAGGUGGUGCAGAGGCUGGCGUCCCUCAAGACCCGGCGUUGCCGGCUGGGCCAGGCAGCACAGGGCCCCCUGGAGCCUGGUGCUGAGACCUGUGCCGUGUGUCUGGACUAUUUCUGCAACAAGCAAUGGCUCCGGGUGCUGCCCUGUAAGCAUGAGUUUCACCGAGACUGCGUGGACCCCUGGCUGAUGCUCCAGCAGACCUGCCCGCUGUGCAAAUUCAACGUCCUGGGGAACCGCUACUCAGAUGAUUAGCUGCCCCGGCUGGAUCUCUGCAUGUGGGGAAGGGACCCCUCACCUGCAUCCUGGCCCUGGGCCCUGG